AAUAUUUUAUAUUAACUGUUUCAUUUCCAUAAUUUAAUUUAAUUUAAUAUUUCAUGUUACAUUUAUUUUACUUUUCUCUUUAAAUUCCCUCUAUACUAAAUGCCGCGUUUCAUUGUAAACACCCUACAAAAUGGCCGCCGCAGCUCUCUAGUGCACUUCGUCACGUUGUUGAUUUGAGACACAGCCCACACACCGCCCCACAUCACAGUGGCAGAAGAUGGCGACUGCUGAACCGGAAGUGACCCCGAAUACAUCGAAUUCAGAAGAAGAGCAGAGCGAUGCUACGGGCCAAGAAAUUGUGAAUCCUGAAGAUUACAUCAAACAUCCACUACAGAACAGAUGGGCUCUGUGGUUCUUCAAGAACGACAAAAGCAAAACCUGGCAGGCGAACCUGAGACUCAUCUCAAAGUUUGACACAGUCGAAGACUUCUGGGCACUUUACAAUCACAUCCAGCUCUCGAGUAACUUAAUGUCCGGAUGCGAUUACUCGCUUUUUAAGGAUGGAAUCGAGCCCAUGUGGGAGGAUGAGAGGAAUAAACGUGGUGGACGCUGGCUCAUUACUCUGUCCAAACAGCAGCGCAGAGCCGAUCUGGAUCGCUUCUGGCUCGAGACGCUCCUGUGUUUGGUGGGUGAAGCGUUCGAUGACCACAGUGAUGACGUGUGCGGCGCCGUCGUUAACGUCCGAACGAAAGGAGACAAAAUCGCGAUAUGGACGACAGACUACGAGAACAAGGAUGCAAUCAUACACAUAGGACGAGUGUACAAGGACAGGUUAGGCGUUCCAUCUAAAGUCAUCAUCGGCUACCAGUCUCACGCAGACACAGCCACGAAGAGCGGCUCCACCACCAAGAACAAGUUUGUUGUCUGAAAACCGCAGCAGUCCUGUUUAAAUAAAAAAUAAAAUAAAAUAAAAAUUCACCUGACAUCAGAGUCGAUGAAAUUCGGAGCGCUCUUCUUUCCUGGACAUUGUGGAAAAAUCCUUGGACAUUUAUUCCGAAUAUAAAACCCCCGGUGUCUUAUACAAGUGUACAGUGUAUAAACACGAGACCACGUGAUUGUUUUUGUUUUCUUUAUAUUUUCUCACCUUUUUUUAAUGUCAUUAUUCCAUAUUAUUAAUGACAAAUGGAGACUUAAUCUCAUUGUGUUGUGUUCUGAGUGUUCAUUUAAAAUAGAAAAAAAUAUAUUUGUAAUUUUUAAAAAAAAAAAAAACCAAACACUUUACAUUUAGGACUCUUUCCGAAUACUACACCUUCAAGCUAAUUUAUUUCUGUUUAUUUUUCCUUCUUCUCAUUUGCAUUUUAGUUUAUUUUAGAGAGAUAUUAAUUUGGAUGUUGUUAGAACGCGUUGUUUGUUUACUUUUUUUGCAGUGGUGUGUGUGUGUGUGUGUGUGUGAUGUUUUUUUUGUUUGUUUGUUUAACUGUAAAUGAUAAAUCAUUAUAAAAGAGUUUGAGAGUUCAUUUGGACGACUCCUGACUCAGAGAUUUGAGUGAUUUACAGAUAAAAGAAAAGAUGAUUGUAUGAGCGUUGUAUAAGAGACAAUUGUAAAUAAAUUUGUACAGUGCAUUGUCUUAA